AUGGGCGCAACGGACACCUCGUUGAUCACUCCAAAAGAGAACAUGUCAUCACAAAAUACCUCUGUAGUUUCCAUUUCUGAACAAACGACACCACAACAAGAUAAUACAGAUGGGGGCGAUAUUGUAUUGUCCAACAAUUCUUACAGACAGAAAGAGAUGUUAAACAGCAAACCUGCAUCUUUCACAACCAACUCUUCGAAAUCAGAUGAUAUGUGUACCCAACUAAAGGAAUGCAGGUUGCAAACAUUAGAUAUCACCAAAGUCUUAGACAACGACAGUAUUAAUGCUUUGGAAGAUUGGGAUACAGCAUACAAAACACUCCUCGGAGAAAUAUCCUCUAGUGAUGCCAAUUGGUCUACACACGAUCUGCCACUCAAUCAUGACAUAGACAAGAUGGAUGAUGAAGGAUACACACCACUUUACAAAGCAGCUUUAGAGGGAAACCUCAAUGAGGUUGAGGGUCUAAUUUCACAGGAAGCAAACCUGGAUAAACCAAGCAAGGGAGGGCUUCGACCUCUUCAUGCUGCAGCUCAAGAGGGACAUGAAGACGUCGUUGAUUUCCUCAUCCUACAUGGAGCGGAUCCAAGUGUUGAAUGUGACAUGGGUCAGACACCCCUUCAUAAAGCAGCACUAGAAGGGUAUUCCAAUAUCAUAGACAGUCUUAUUGCAGAAGGGUCAGAUAUAAACAAAGGUGAUACAGAGGGUUGGACACCAUUCAAUGCUGCCAUUUACAAAGGGCAUCUACAAGCUGUUAAAUAUCUCUUAGAUAAAGGAGCCAAGCAUAACAGAUAUGAUAGAAUGACCCCACUCUAUGCUGCAGCUCAAUUCGGUCAUUUAGAUAUCGUGGAAUAUUUCAUUUCCAAUGGCGCUGAUGUGAAUGAAGUUGACGAUAAUGGGAUGAUUCCUCUUCAUGGUGCUGCUAGUGAAGGCCAUCUAGAUAUCAUGGAGUAUCUCACUGAGUUAGGGUCAGAUGUAAACAAGGCUGAUCCAAAGGGUUAUACACCAUUCCAUGCUGCCAUUGAAUACGGUCAUCUAGAAGCUGUCAAAUAUCUCCUAGAUAAAGGAGCCAAGCAGAACAGAUAUGAUGGAAUGACCCCACUGUAUGCUGCAGCUCAAUCCGGCCAUUUAGAUAUCGUGAAAUUCUUCAUUUCCAAUGGCGCUGAUGUGAAUGAAGAAGAUCAUUAUGGGAUGAUUCCUCUUCAUGUAGCUGCUAUAAAUGGUAACAUGAAGAUAAUGGAGUAUCUCAUUGAGUUAGGGUCAGAUGUAAACAAGGCUGAUCCAAAGGGUUAUACACCAUUCCAUGCUGCCAUUGAAUACGGUCAUCUAGAAGCUGUCAAAUAUCUCCUAGAUAAAGGAGCCGAGCAGAACAGGUAUGAUGGAAUGACCCCACUUUAUGCUGCAGCUGAAUCCGGCCAUUUAGAUUUCGCGAAAUUCUUCAUCUCAAAUGGCGCUGAUGUUAAUGAAGAAGAUGAUUAUGGGAUGAUUCCUCUUCAUGGAGCUGCUAUCAAUGGUAACAUGAAGAUCAUGGAGUAUCUCAUUGAGUUAGGGUCAGAUGUAAACAAGGCUGAUCCAAAGGGUUAUACACCAUUCCAUGCUGCCAUUGAAUACGGUCAUCUAGAAGCGGUCAAAUAUCUCAUCGAUAAAGGAGCCAAGCAGAACAGAUAUGAUGGAAUGACCCCACUGUAUGCUGCAGCUGAAUCCGGCCAUUUAGAUUUCGCGAAAUUCUUCAUCUCAAAUGGCGCUGAUGUUAAUGAAGAAGAUGAUUAUGGGAUGAUUCCUCUUCAUGGAGCUGCUAUCAAUGGUCAUAUAAUGAUCAUGGAGUAUCUCACUGAGUUAGGGUCAGAUGUAAACAAGGCUGAUCCAAAGGGUUAUACACCAUUCCAUGCUGCUAUUCAAUACGGUCAUCUAGAAGCUGUCAAAUAUCUCAUCGAUAAAGGAGCCAAGCAGAACAGAUAUUAUGGAGCGACCCCUCUCUGUUUUGCAGCUGAAUUCGGUCAUUUCGAUAUCGUGGAAUACUUCAUUACCAAUGGCGCUGAUGUGAACGAAGAAGAUGAUAAUGGAAGGAUUCCUCUUCACGGUGCUGCUAUCAGUGGUAACAUGAAGAUCAUGGAAUAUCUCAUUGAACAAGGGUCUGAUGUGAACAAGGCUGAUCCAAAGGGUUGGACACCAUUCAAUGCUGCUAUCCAAUACGGUCAUCUAGAAGCUGUCAAAUAUCUCAUCGAUAAAGGAGCCAAGCAGAACAGAUAUGAUGGAGCGACCCCACUCUAUGCUGCAGCUCAAUUAGGUCAUUUAGAUAUCGUGAAAUUCUUCAUUUCUAAUGGUGCUGCUGUUAAUGAAGAUGUUAAUUGGAGGAUUCCUCUUCAUGGUGCUGCUAGUAGAGGCCAUCUAGAUAUCAUGGAGUAUCUCAUUCAACAAGGGUCAGAUGUGAACAAGGCUGAUACAAAGGGUUGGACACCAUUCAAUGCUGCUAUUCAAUACGGUCAUCUAGAAGCUGUCAAAUAUCUCCUAGAUAAAGGAGCCAAGCAGAACAGGUAUGAUGGAAUGACCCCACUGUAUGCUGCAGCUCAAUUCGGUCGUUUCGAUAUAGUGGAAUACUUCAUUUCCAAUGGAUCUGAUGUUAACGAAGAAGAUGAUAAUGGAAGGAUUCCUCUUCACGGUGCUGCUAUCAGUGGUAAUAUGAAGAUCAUUGAAUAUCUCAUUGAACAAGGGUCUGAUGUGAACAAGGCUGAUACAAAGGGUUGGACACCAUUCAAUGCUGCUAUCCAAUGCGGUCAUCUAGAAGUUGUCAAAUAUCUCAUCGAUAAAGGAGCCAAGCAGAAUAGAUAUGAUGGAGCGACCCCUCUCUAUUUCGCAGCUCAAUUCGGUCGUUUCGAUAUAGUGGAAUACUUCAUUUCCAAUGGAUCUGAUGUUAACGAAGAAGAUGAUAAUGGAAGGAUUCCUCUUCACGGUGCUGCUAUCAGUGGUAAUAUGAAGAUCAUUGAACAUCUCAUUGAACAAGGGUCUGAUGUGAACAAGGCUGAUACAAAGGGUUGGACACCAUUCAAUGCUGCUAUCCAUUACGGUCAUCUAGAAGUUGUAAAAUAUCUCAUAGAUAAAGGAGCCAAGCAGAACAUGUAUGAUGGAAUGACCCUAGUAUAUGCUGCAGCUGCAUUCGGCUGUUUAGGUAUCGUGAUAUUCUUCAUUUCCAAAGGAUCUGAUGUUAAUGAAGAAGAUGAUAAUGGAAGGAUUCCUCUUCCACGGUGCUGCUAUCAGUGGUAA